UUCAGGGCUGUUUUAUUUCCAACACUACCAUAAAAAAGGUGGGUGUGUGUUUGUGUCGAAACAAAAAACUUAAACACAAAAGUACGUCGGUUUGAGACGCUGCGCUGCCUAUAUAAAUGUAUAUUUAUAACUAGAAACUGUAAGGAAUUAGUGAAACUCGGUUAUUUAGCUGCGGCGUAUGUGCCAGCGCUUCAGAAAUCAGCCUGUCCAGCAGCACGCACAGUGAUAUAAGCAAAGUACAAAACAGUCGCCGCCUAGCAGACAAAGGAUCCGGAUCCGUGAAAACGCUCACGCACAGAUACAAAAGUAUACAUAUAUACUACGUACGAGUAUGUCAACCGGAAGGCCCAUAAAAUGUGUUGUCGUCGGUGACGGCACAGUCGGAAAGACCUGCAUGCUAAUCUCCUACACAACAGACUGCUUUCCCGGCGAAUAUGUGCCUACUGUCUUCGAUAACUACUCAGCCCCGAUGCAAGUCGACACAAUACAGGUCUCAUUGGGCCUGUGGGAUACGGCGGGUCAGGAAGACUACGACCGACUGCGACCCCUAUCCUACCCCCAGACCGACGUCUUCCUGAUAUGUUACAGCGUGGCGAGUCCUUCGUCCUUUGAGAACGUCACAUCGAAGUGGUAUCCAGAGAUAAAGCACCACUGCCCCGACGCACCCAUCAUUUUAGUUGGCACUAAAAUCGAUUUGCGCGAAGAUCGAGAGACACUAAGCGGUCUCGCCGAGCAGGGCCUGACGCCUCUGAAGCGCGAACAAGGCCAGAAGCUGGCGAACAAGAUACGCGCUGUGAAAUACAUGGAGUGCUCCGCCUUGACGCAGCGUGGCCUUAAACUGGUGUUCGAGGAAGCGGUGCGCGCAGUACUCAGACCAGAGCCACUUAAGCGACGCCAGCGAAAGUGUUUAGUUAUGUAAAUAAGGUAUAAUGUUAUGGGCCUUAUAUCGGCGACGGGGAUUCCUCGGAAGCGACACGUACGUCGGCGUGCUAGCCGGACACAUAGAACUCACUCAGCGCCCUUACCGACCAAACAAACAACACAAGAAACUUCACUCAUUGGACAUAAUAUUUAUUUUAUAAGCUAAAAAUGAAUCCUAAAUUACCAAGCACUAAGCAAACAUCAUAAAAAGCUCCAAAAAUGCUAAAUACAACUGCCAUUUUUCGAAUGA